AUGGCGAGAAUCAGCUACUCCGCCGCGGCGUUGGCAAUCACGGCGGCGGCGACUUGGUAUUCUGCGGCUGCCGCUGCGGACUGCACCACCGUGACAGCACUGUUCUCCGCCUGCUCGAGUUUCGUGAUCUACGGCACCCCCGACCCCAUCCCCGGCUCCCCCUGCUGCGUUGCCAUGUCGAGCCUCAACAACCUGGCGGACUCGGAGGACAACCGCCGCGGCGUGUGCCGGUGCUUGAUGGACAUAAUAAUGGCGUACAACACAAACGCCACCGCCAUCGCCACCUUGCCUGGCUUCUGCGGCGUCUCUCUCGGAUUCACCAUUGAUCCCAACACCGACUGUGAAUACAUGGAGCAGUACGCCGAGCACGAAGGAAGAGUGAAUCUACGGCACAGAUGCAGUGCAGAUCGGCCGUGUUAGGACUAAUCAACGGUGACGAUGCGUCGAUGUAUGGAUGUCUUGAAAGCUGAAGUCUUCACAUUUCUU